AUGGCCUCCGGCAGCGCCCCUGGACCGCGGCAGAAGUUGUACGAUUUGGAGGUCACAGUAAUCUCUGCCAAGCACCUGAAGAACGUCAAUUGGAGGAAGGGCGAUCUCAAGCCGUAUGCCGUCCUGUGGAUCGAUCCCGACCGGCGUCAGGUCACAAAGGCCGACGAUUCGGGCUCUACCCGGCCCGUAUGGAACGAGCGGUUCGUCCUGCCGCUUAGCGUCCCGCCCAGUGACUCCUCCCUCACCCUCGAGAUCCUCCACUCUAGACCUUCGUUUACCUCCGAGUUUCUGGUUGGCACCCUCCGAGUCGAGCUCCGGGAUCUCCUUGUCGAAUCGGACGGUUCUCCGGUUCGGCUCAGGUCUUUCGAGCUCCGCCGACCCUCUGGCCGCCCCCAGGGCAAGAUCCGCCUCAAACUCUGCCUGAUCGAGCGCCCUGCAGAGAAUUACCAAACUGCCCCUCCUUCCGGCUAUUAUUACUCCUCCGCUCUCCCUUCGCCCUACCGAGCAUACUCUACUUCGUAUUCCUCAGUCCCUCCGCCGACAUCUUACUCUCCGCCGCUAACACAGCCAUACUAUUCAUACUCCGAUCAGUCCUCGAGAUACUAUUCGUCUUAUUAUUCUCACCCUCCGCCACCUCCUAGGCCCUUUUUCGAGCGACAGUCGAGCUUAGGGCCCGACCCAAGUGCUCCAGUGGAAUACACACCUUAUGACUACCACAAGCCAGGUGCAAGCAAGCCUGGAAUUGGAGUGGGGACGGGCUUGGCGGUGGGAGGUGUGUCGGGAGCCCUCGGAGGCCUGGUUUUGGAGGAAGGGGUGAAGUAUGAGGAAGAGAAGAAUGAAUUGGCUUCAACCACCGCAAGGGAUGACCGUUAUGCUGAGUAUCGAAUGUAA